AUCUCCCGCUCUCAGCCCUUCUCCCUCUCCCCCAUCCAGCAUGGUCCUUUCUGUGAGCUUUUCUCCAGUCCUCCCAGCUCCAGUACAAUGUGCAUAUGGACAGUGACUAAGGGUGCCGCCGCCUGGUCCUGCAUUCGUCUGUCCAUCCUCUCAGUGCUGCUCGUCCUGCUGCUCUGUCCACAGCCCUCCACGUGUCAUCCGAUUGCACCUGGGGUCGCCACUCGCUCCGUGGCGCGCUUGUCCAGGGCUGCCAACGCCUCUUCAGACACUGUUGUGGGGCGGCAUGUGCGCAGCUAUAACCAUCUCCAAGGAGACGUGCGCAAGAGGAAACUCUACUCCUAUCAGAAGUUCUUUCUCAGGAUUGAUAAAAAUGGCAAAGUCAAUGGCACCAAAAACAAAGACGAUCUCUACAGUGUGCUGGAGAUCAAGUCAGUGGAUGUUGGGAUCGUGGCCAUCAAGGGGCUCAGCAGUAACUUUUACCUGGCAAUCAGCAAGAAAGGAGAGCUUUAUGGCGCGAGGGACUUUGGUGUUGACUGUCGGCUGACCGAGCGGAUUGAGGAGAACAGGUACAACACCUAUGCCUCAGCAGAGUGGCGGAACAAGAAGAAGCCCAUGUUCGUGGGGCUGAGCGCCAACGGCAAGCCCAUGAGGGGCAAGAAAACACGAAGGAAAAACACUGCCACCCACUUCCUGCCCAUAGUGGUGUAG